AUGUACUCCUUGCCAAUGCCUUCCACCGUGAGCGGCACCAAGCCCGACAUGGCCAUGCCCGUCGUCGUCCGCGGCUUGUACACCAUCUGGGCCGACUUCGUCUACCAGCCCAAAAACGGUAACGACCUCGCCGACUCCGCUCGCAGCGCCGCCUUCAGUGGCCAACUGCGUCUCCUCGCAGAGGCCUCUGAUCUCGCCACACAUCCCGAGGCCAAGGACGCGAUCCUGUCGGAGUACUGCCAUUUCGUCGCGCUCCGUCGCAACGACACCACCGUCGACCUCCCCACACAGCGCACCAGCGCUGGUGUUAACGUGGAGGCGAAUAUCUUCGGUGCGCUCCUCAAGGCGCGCCGCAAGCUCCGCGCCUGCAAUGCGUUCUUCCCACCCGAUGAGGUUGAGCGUGAGCAGAGUGAGGAGGGAGAGGAGCGUGGAAGCGGUAUCGCCCACCGCGUCCAUCCCCGCCCCAAUUCCACAGUCCGCCUAGCCGACGAGACCGUGGACGAGGAGGCAGAGCAGCAGCAGCAGUCACCAAGUCGCAAGCGCAAGCGUCGCGACUCUGCUGUUGGGGACGUCGAGGAACCACCACGUCGUCGCCGCGCCAAGACGAUGUGGUGUCCUUAUGGCGCAGACCCGGCGAAGCUCUGGAAGGAGAAGGUAGCGCGGCUCGGCCGCUAUUAUUGA